AUGCGCAUCAUUGACCAUAACUUCAACGUCCGCGACCUGAUCUGGGAGGCCCUUCAGACCCCAGGGUCUGGAGUCCGAAGUGCCGGUGAUCGUUCCGUCGCCGACGGUAACAAGAUCAUGGCACUCUUAGGAGACAGCCUAAUCAGGACCUUCGUUCUCGAAAUGAUGGUCAACCAGAACAUCACGGACAGAGGUAACAUCGACGCCCGAGUUAAGCGUGCUGGCUUGGCAAUCGGUCCUCGGACGAAGGCUGACACUAUCGAGGCCAUUAUCGGCGCUGUGUACAUGGAUGGCGGAGAUCAAGGACUCGACGCUGCUAGACGUGUGGCAGCACAUCUCAACAUUGUCUAA